AUGAUGAUAGUGGGCGACAAUCGCACUUAUGACCAGGCCUUAGAUAUGUACAGAUAUAAGUACUGGAGCGAUGGGGCUCCCUUUAACGAGUCCAACUUUGAAGUUUGGCAGCUGUUAGAGCCAGUCAAAACUGUGCUAUCUGUAGAUGACAAACUGUCAGCGGUUAAAAGUUACGACUUACCGCCAGGUGUUGAUGGCAAGCCAGUUCUCCUAAAUGAAAAUCUCAAAAACUACCUCAAACAUCAGGUCCAGAAAGGCUGGAAGAGUCACGCUUUCAACCAAUUUGUCAGCGAUAUCAUACCGUUGAAUAGAAGUUUGCUAGACGUUAGAGAUGACUGGUGCAAAACACAUAACUAUUCAAAAGUGUUGCCACAAGCAACGAUAGUGAUAUGCUUCCAUAACGAAGCUUGGUCCACUCUGUUACGAACUGUCUACUCCGUUCUAAACAGGUCACCUGAUAAGCUUGUGAAGGAAAUAAUUUUAUAUGAUGACUUUUCUUCGAUGGAUCAUCUGCUGAAGCCAUUAGAAGAAUAUGUACGGACCUUGCCGAAGGUGAGGCUACUACGAGCGCGUCGUCGUGAAGGCCUUAUCAGGGCUAGAAUGAUUGCCAUAAAAGAUGUGACCACCCCUGUCAUUGUCUAUUUGGAUAGUCACUGCGAAGCUACUGAAGGUUGGCUAGAGCCCUUACUGGAACGCGUAGCCAAAGACUCAACAAAAAUCGCCAGCCCAGUUGUGGACUACAUCCAUGACACCACUUUCGAGUACAUAGCUCAAGACAUCCAUGAGCUACAAAUCGGCGGCUUCAAUUGGAACUUGAAGUUCCAAUGGAACAGUGUACCUGGUGACGUGUUGCUAAAGAGAAAAGAUAUAGCAGCUCCUAUCAAAACGCCUGUUAUAUCUGGGGGUCUUUUUGCUAUCAGCAAGGAUUGGUUCAAAAAAUUAGGGUACUAUGAUGACGGCUUCGAGAUUUGGGGAGCUGAAAAUCUGGAAUUGUCGUUCAAAACGUGGAUGUGUGGAGGUUCUUUGGAGAUUGUGCCAUGUUCACACGUGGGACAUGUAUUCAGGAAGAAAUUCCCUUACAAGGGACAGAAGGGAUCCUUGAUCAGAAAUUCUGUGAGGCUAGCUGAGGUGUGGAUGGACGACUACGCCCAAUAUUAUUACGAAACUAUUGGGAAACAAAAGAUUGACUAUGGCAACGUUUCAUCUCGCGUAGAACUACGCAAGAAGCUCCAAUGUAAAUCCUUCCAGUGGUAUUUGGAAAAUGUAUACCCUCAGCUGGACAUACCUGAGAACUUAGUGGCUAGUGGCCAGAUAUACAGUGAGAGUAAUUUGGCUGGGUGUCUAGAUGCAUCCGUAGAUCUUACUGAGAACAAUCAUUGGGGGAUCGGCUUUUAUCCGUGCCACGGGCAAGGUGGUAACCAGUAUUGGACAUACUCUCCUGAUGGUGAAAUCAAACGGGAGGACAAGUGUUUAGAUUACAUAUUUUCUAUAGUAACCCUAUAUAUUUGUGGCGGCCGCUCGCAAGUUUGGAUCUACGAUACUAAGACGAAACACAUUCGGCAUAUGGACACACAGAAGUGCUUGCAGGUGGCCAAGUUUUCUGAAGGAUUGAGACUGAUUUUGGAGAAAUGUUCUACUUCUAGCGCUCAGAUGUGGGUGGUAGAGAACUUUAUAGUCGACAGACUUGCACCGGAGUUGCAGGUGUGGAUGGACGACUACGCCCAAUAUUAUUACGAAACUAUUGGGAAACAAAAGAUUGACUAUGGCAACGUAUCAUCUCGCGUAGAACUACGUAAGAAGCUCCAAUGUAAAUCCUUCCAGUGGUAUUUGGAAAAUGUAUACCCUCAGCUGGACAUACCUGAGAACUUAGUGGCUAGUGGCCAGAUAUACAGUGAGAGUAAUUUGGCUGGAUGUCUAGACGCAUCUGUAGACCUUACUGAGAACAAUCAUUGGGGGAUCGGCUUUUAUCCGUGUCACGGGCAAGGUGGUAACCAGUAUUGGACAUACUCUCCUGAUGGUGAAAUCAAACGGGAGGACAAGUGUUUAGAUUACAUAUUUUCUAUAGUAACCCUAUAUAUUUGUGGCGGCCGCUCGCAAGUUUGGGUCUACGAUACUAAGACGAAGCACAUUCGGCAUAUGGACACGCAGAAGUGCUUGCAGGUGGCCAAAUUUUCUGAAGGAUUGAGACUGGUCUUAGAGAAGUGUUCUACUUCUAGCGCUCAGAUGUGGGUGGUAGAGAACUUUAUAGUGGACAGACUUGCGCCGGAGUUGCAGGUUUAUUCUAAAAGACAUUGA